AUGCCAAAAUUGUCUCUUGAACGAACAUUUCAUCCAAAAUAUUGUAAAUAUCCUUCAGAUGGAAAAGGAAGGGAUACGUACAUAACUCAGCAGAAUGGAGGAAUGUGAAAAGUAGACUUUACGCCAAACCUAGGAUCUACAUUCAUGACUAAAACUUAUCAGUCACCCUCAUUCCAACCAUCAAAACAACUAAGCGCAGUUAAUUAUUAUGCUAGUGGCACUGGCAGAGAUAGCUAUAUUUCUCAUAACUCAGGAGGAAUGAAGGACCUUUAUUUAGACCAACAAGAGUUUAAAUUAUCAUUAAGAACACAUAAAUAAAUCUUUAAGACCUAACUGUCUCGCAGAAAAGUGGUUGAAAUAACUCCCAAAAGUGUCAGAAGAGCACUGCCACAGUUCAAAUGAGAACCACUAAAAGACUUUUCAACAAUACAAAGUCAGAUAGAAAGAUCAGCAUGCUCAAUAUGAAGAGCCAGGCUAGGGAGUCUCUCAGAGACAAGCUGUUCAGCAACAAACAGCAGUUUAAACAAGUUAAAGAGAAGUUUGAGACAUUCAGAAACAAAUUCUGCAUGAGUACAGGUAGAGACAAAAUUCAGGAAAAGAUCAACCUUAACUUAGCCUAUGGAAGAUCAAAUGAAUUCUCGUCAAUUCUAAACACCUUGAGGAAAACUAAGCAGAAAAGCAAAGAUCCCUUUCUAAAACUCAUAAAAUAUAGUUAAAUCCUUAAAUUUUACUAAAAUUCCUCCAAUAA